UACACAGAGCGGAGAGUCCAGAGCUCUCGCCUAUUUCCUGUCACUUUGCCAGACCUGAGACUGCUCUGUGGGCUACUUGAAGUCAUGAAGCCUUUUUUGCUAACUUUGGCUGUGCUGUUGCUCCUGUCCCAGGUCAUUCCAGGCAGCACCGAAACAUGUUGGAAUCUUCGUGGCUCCUGCCGUGAAAAAUGCAUUGAUAAUGAAAGGGUCUAUGUUUUCUGCAUGAGUGGUAAACUGUGCUGUGUGAAGCCCAAGGACCAGCCACACACAGUCACUAAAAAGAAUUAGUGCUUUGAAGUCCGGGGCCACAAAAAUGAAAAUAAACUUGCCCUGAGUCUGA